AUGCCACCUCCCGUGAGCCCAGACCUCCCUCCGCCUGAUCUGGUGGAGGAUGGCUGGCACAUUCUCUACAAUCCCUUCAGUGCCACCAUCAAUGUAGACGAAAACCAUCCAAAUAACCCCGUCAAGAUGUUUCUUCUCCGACCUCUCUACGCGCCUCUUCUGUUUUCCAAUAUUUCAUCAGACGCCCGAGAUCAUUGUGCCAACGAAAGGACAUUCUUAUCGUGGCUCCGCCUGUCCAUCUACAUGGCUGUUGUGGCUGUCGCCAUCUUCAUCAACUUCCAUCUGAAGAGUCAGCCCACUUCCCUGGAAGAGCGGCUCUCCCAUCCGCUCGGAAUCAUCUUUUGGGUCCUGUCGCUCGCGUGUCUGGUGAGCGGAUUGGGCAUUUACAUGCGCACAGUCACCAAAUACGCGAGACGACGAGCCCUGGUCCAGACAGGGAUGAAGACACAAAUUGUCUUUGGGGUGGUCUCGACGGCCAUCAUCGCCGCGUGUGCGUUGUUCCUGGGGGCCGAAGUGCAGGCAUCGAGAGAGCGGCAGGUCGCUUUUGCUGCAAAUGUAUUGUAUCGAAGCUAG